AUGAACGAUUCAGCGCUGACAGAUUUCCUAAAGCCGAUCGGCGAUGGCUCCUCGUGGGCAGCAAAGUGUGUACGCCGCCUUCUUGAGGCUGAAAACCUCACGGAAAUAGCUGAGGGUCUUGUCGCACAGAAUGGUCACAAGCCCGUGGAAUACGUCAAGGAAGUAUGGAAUGCCUGGGGUAUUGAUAUGAAGACCUGUCAUGCCUACUGCGCCAGGCAGAACUUUCCUAUGCAGGUCUUUGAUUUCCCAAUCUUCACAUCCGGUGUGACAAACUACCUCUUACCUUGGCUCGGUCUGACGGCGCAACUACCGUACGAAACGGGUUCCAUAUCUGGAAACUUUGAAAGUUUCUGCCUCGCAGUCGGAAGUCCGAUGUUGUCUACCUUCUCUCUCAUGUCGACAGCUCUCAAUGCGCAUUCCACAUCGAUAACAUUCGCAGCCAAAUUCGGUAAUGGUAAAGCUACAUCACAUUUAAGAGAGGCAGUAGAGUCGGCUGAGUACUUCCUUUGCAACUCUCAGCAGUCUCCCAUCAGAAUCAAGGAGGAUCAGUUCCGGCAACUGUUUGACGAGGAUACAGAGCGGUUGCGUGACCGAUGGCUACCUCUCGAACAGCGUAUCCGCAAGACUCGCCGGCAGUACACAUUCUCCCUCGUUGCGCAGACCUUUUUUGCAGUCAUUGCCUGGGUUUUGACCAUCGUUGGAUCGUACGUGACAUCGCUUGGUCAGCAUUCCGAAGCCCUUCUGCUCUCCUCCGGCACCCUUUGGACAUGGUUAGUUCCGGUAGUCUUGGGUUGGAUGGCUGCAGGGACACAAUCACGAAAGGACACAGUGCGAGAAGCAAUUCAAGGCGAGAUAUUAAGUGGAGCAUCUGCCCCAAUAAAAGCACUAGAGGCUGAGUCUGGCUUCAUAAACCCGCUGCCGAGGCAAUUACCUCAGGCCUUGUGGAGUAAAGUGCAAGGGGACGAAGCAUGUCAGGGUCCCGCUUACAACUAUGCGCGUAUAUUGACGUACCCAAAGCUGCGAGACAGAAUUGUCGGCGAGUUCGAAAGAAGGCGCAAUUUGCCGGAGUUACGGGUAGCUCAAGCAGACCCUUCUGAGCCUGUACAACAGGUUCAGCGAAAUAACACGAUCCAGCUCGAAGCCGGCUCAUCUCACAAUGUUGAUGAGCCAUACAUGACUUGGAAGGAUGUCAAAGAGAGCUCCGAUUGGAAAUGGAACUUCAUAAUCUCUAAUGCUAUCGCCGUAUUUCUUCAGUGGGGCGUCACUGGGUCUGCCAUUGUCAUAUCGUACCUGACGGAGGUGCGCGGUCUCGGAUGUCGCUCUGGGAGUUAUCUACUGUACGGCAUCUUCGCUACUUGCGCCCAUGUUCUCUUACUGAUAUCUGUUUUCCUGUCGCAUCACGUAAUGCUCAUAUAUCAGACAGAGCGAUGGGACGGAGCAACAGGUGCAGUGCGAGAAGUUCCUCGUAGUCCACAGAUCAAGUGGAUUGGUAGACUCGCCGUGCUUAUGCGGCUCUUUGGUAAAUCCGUUGCCGUUAUCAAUGCUACAUGGAUUAUCUUGAGUUCUAUAUUUGAGCUCAUCGGUUUCUACGAAAGCUGCUGGUGCACUGGAACCGUCUUGGGGCUGGGUGACAGGGCUUGGGUUGUCCUUUUUGUUAGUGGUGACAAGAUGAGAGAUGAUGCUGAGGCCUCCUGGAUCGGUGGACUUGCUAUGAGCUUGUUCACAAUGAUCUUUACGUAUAUUCUUACGAAGUCGUAUUCCCAAAGCAAAAUGUAA